AUGACUCUUCUAGGAAGUUGGUAUACCCCAGCCGAACUAGGAAAACGAGCUUGUAUUUUCCAGGCCUCGUCCAGCGCCGCCCAAAUGUUUAGUGGCUAUCUUCAAGCGGCUUUGUAUAAGGGGAUGAACGGACAGGCCGGUUUGCCAGCUUGGAAAUGGUUGUUUGUGUUUGAUGGUAUUUUUGGUAUCCCAAUCGCGCUUUAUGGAUUUUGGGCGAUUCCUGAUUCGCCAACUACCUGUAAAAGCAGAUGGAUGAACGCCGAGGAGAAAGAAUUGGCGAUCAAGCGAAUGGACCAAGUAGGAAGGAAACCAGCGACGAAAGUUACACUCGGCACAUUCAAGCGAGUUUUCCUCGGAUGGCCGGUUUGGCUCUUCAGCGGUGCCUUCAUCUGUCACGUUCUCGGGAUAAGGAUUUAUUCAUAGUUUAACGUCUGGUUGAAAUCGACGAAUCGUUGGUCGGUUGAAGAAGUAAACCUCAUUCCUACAGCCGGCUACGGACUCCAAAUUUUCUUUACCCUCUGCUACGCCUGGGUUAGUGAUGCGAUACGAAUGCGUGCACCAGUCAUCACAUUCGCGUGUGUUAUUGCGGUGAUUGGUUGCAUAAUCCUCUCCAUCUGGCCGUCGGACAAUAUUCCAGCUAUGAUGACUGGAUGGUUCCUUACGUUUUGCGAGACAGGCGCAGGUGCUUUGUUUAUCACGUGGAUAAAUGAGGUUUGUGAAUUUUCCCAGGAACAUCGUAUCAUCGUCAUUGCCAUAGUUGAGACGAUGGCUUAUACUUUCCAGGCUUGGGUGCCUUUGCUUGUGUUCAACACGGGAGAGGCGCCGCAUUUUAAGUAUGGUUAUCAGUUGGCUGCGAUGUUCUUUGCGCUGGAAAUUGUUUUUGUUGCUGUUAUGUUAUGUGCGGAAAGAGGGAACUGGUACAAGGGGCUCGAUGGCGAGGAAAACGAUCCUGAGAACUCUGGUCAUGUUGACGAUAGAACGAGUAGUACGGCGGAUGAGCGAGAUGUUAUGAAGGCAUAA